AUGGAUACAAUCGGCUCAGGCGGCGAAGCUGAUCGCAUUGGCACUGACACUGACAAAGCACCAUCUGAUAUAAUCAGUCGACCCAACCCUGCGACUGAUACAUCUUCCGCGCGACAGCAAGAACCCGACGAUACGAACCUUUCUCUGCCCCCUUUGCCCGAUAAUGACGACAGUAGCCUACUCCUGUCGAGCGAGGAUGGCGAUCACGAUCGUGCCGAGGACCAGACCUUUCUCCAGGAGAAUGAAAUGCGGAAACGACUGAUGGACAUGGAGUCAAGUUUUUUACCUGACCCUUCGACCAUUCAAGCCACAGCAAUAAAUCGAACCGUCCGUGCUGAUGAUACAUCGAUAGUUGAGGCGCAUCGCGGCAGUGGCCGUGGUCCUUCCGGUCCGGAAAAUUCUCAGUUAUCCUUUCUGGUAACGGAUGAGUCAAAUGUUGACAUUACAUCGGUCGGCGACGAGGUUCCGAUUCCGCAAACCCCUAGCCCGCGUCCUAGCCCGCGUCCUGAAGAGGCUGACGAUGAAGGCAUGGACGCGACAUCCGCGGCUUCAUCCGAGCAGCACGCCGACAAUACUACGACCCAAAUUGAGGGAACAUACUCGUCGCCCUCGGCGGCGGCAGCUCUUAGGACAGCCAACAGGAAUCCGACCGCCUCCCUGGAAGAUCCUCGAGAUGCCAACCAAAUCUCUAUAGACGCUAUUCGAAGAGAGCACUCUUCCAAACCCGAGCCUAACCAGUUGCUGCAGUCCAUAGGGCAGAACUCUCGCAGCGAGCCGCCCAACUUAUCACCUGGGCCGUCGAGGUUCUUCCAAGAGAACAGCGGCGGGGACGCAGAAGCGAUCUCGCGCGCAAGCAGUCGCAGAAGUAGUAGGCCAAAGUAUCUAGCCAGCCGCCAGUCGGCACAUCGGCUUUCAUACUCAUCGGUAACAAGCACCGGCACAGAGAUAACAAAUAGCGAUGCGACAUUGGGUGCUGAUUAUGCCCUUCAAUCGGGCGGUGCAGCACCUGGCAUGACGAGUAGCAUCCAAGCCGGACAGCGCAACACCCUAGCCCGGUCGGUGAGCUUGGGCAGCAUGGCUUCAGGCAUUUCUAGUUACAGCGAUGAUAACGUCUUUGACCGUAAAGGACCCAGUGGAACUAUAGAAGGGGGUCUCCACACUCUCAACGAGGAAGACGGGCCCUCAAGGUCGCGCCCAGGAUCAUCUUCCCAACACCACCACACCCAUCAGCCUGGAAAUCAUGUAUCUGAGCAAUCGAGUGCCCAAGAAGCUGCAGAGCCAAUAACACCGAAGGCUAAACACCGCAACAACAGCUUCCCCACGGAUACAGCUAUCGCCGAACGCAUCAAAGAUGUUCAGAUCCCAAGCACAUUCGUCAAGCAAUUUAGGGAGGAUUAUGGCAGCCGUGCACUGUCCCCAGACAAACGUACAAGCACCACUCCCGGCUUUGCAAAGAGUGGUCGUACCAUGACUCUCAAGGAGCAAAGUAGUACCAUCGACCGUCUCUCGAAAGAGAAUUUCGAUCUGAAGAUGAGAAUCCACUUUUUGAACGAGGCCUUGAACCGGCGCUCUGAGGAAGGUAUCAAAGAGAUGAUUUCCGAGAAUGUCGAGCUGAAAUCAGAUAAGUUGAAAUUACAGAAAGACAGCCAGAACCUGAAGCGGAAAGUCCGUGAGCUUGAAAAACAGCUAAAGGAUCAGCAAUCAGACAAAGAAUCCAUGGUUAAUCACGACCCUGACGGCUCCGAAGAUGAAGACCGAGAUGCAGCACAGGACGAAGAGAUACUGUUCCUGAGGGAACGGAUAGAAACCUAUGAGCUAGAGAUUGAGAGGUUCAGGUCAGAAAGUAUCGUGCGUGAGAGCGAGAAGAGAAGACUUGCUGAGAUGGUGAAAUCACUCAGCGAUGGAAGGAGUGAGGGAAGGCCCAUGGGAUCCGACGUGGGAGCAAGGGAAGAAAGGGAUAUGUGGAAGGACAUGCUCGAGGCCGAGGCCGCAGCACGUGAACAAGCCGAGGAGGAGAACAAGAGAUUACGGGAGGAGGCCUUGCGCCUGAGGACCGAGACGAUGAGCUUCCCACUGGCCUCCGCGCGGCCUGGGCAGCGGGACUGGGUUGGAUCGGUGGCCUCAUACUCAGCCGCUUCUGAAAGAGAUUUCGUUCGAAAUGCUAAUACUGGGAGUUCCUCCAGUUCCACACUGGUCAUGGAAUUGGAGCUCCUGAAACAGGAGAAUGCAGAGUUAAGGAAGGAAGUGAGCGCGCAAACCUCGAUGCUUACAUCUCGGAAUCGGGAGAAAGAGCGUCUAUACCAGGAGAUUGAAGAACUAAAGUUAGGCCAGCGCCGCGACGGUAGUCGAUCAGUGGCGGGCGAUAGUAUCUUCGAUCGCUCGGCAUCCCGAGCUCAUGGUAGGCCUUCGUCCCGUGCUAGUGAUGGGACAGGUCAAUCUCCAGGCGACGAAGCAGAGCGAGAAGACUUAGAAGUGCGGAUUGGGGAAUUGCGUGACCAGGUCUCGGCCCUAAAACUCGAUAACCAGGCUGUUCGUGAGCAAGCUGAGGAGUAUCUUCGAGAAUUGGAGGCUGUUGACAAGGCUUACCAAGCAGAUGUAGACCAAGCAGAUGAAGAAAUCGAGACUCUGACUCAGGAGCGCGAUCAGGCCUUGCAGGAACGUGACCAGGCCUUGCAUUUGGCCGAGGAACGCAACGAGGCUUUCCAACAUCUGAGGUCCGAAGCCCAGGAGGAGAUAGACACUGUUGGAGAGGAAUUAGAUCAGAAGGUCGAAGAGUGUCAACAGUUGAACGAGGAGCUCAGGGUUCAAGAUGAAAACCUAAGAGCUUUGCAGGCCGAAAUGCGUUCGGCAAGUGAAGGUAUCAUUCGGCUGGAGGAGGAUGCGCAGAACAACCUACAGCGAUAUAAGGCUGUUCAGCAGGAACUGGAAGAUUGCAACCGUGAGAUGGAAUCGCUGGGGAAGAGUCUGUACGAGUCAAACACCAAGGUUCAGCGACUAACGGUUCAAAUUGAGUCGAGUCAAAACGAGAUUGCGUUCCUAAGGGAAGAGCAGGACGGCGAUAAGAUCAGGAUUGGAGACCUCGAGUCAGAGCUCAAGACAUACAGGCUGGCACUUCAGAGUGAAAAGGACAAAACUAAGGAGCUAGAAGAGCGUCUGGCCGAGGAGCGACACCAGCGGGAAGUUGUGGGCAACAAGGAGAAACAAGAAGUCCAGCGCAUUAUCAAUGAGCUCAAUCGUGAAGCGUCCACAGCUAAGGAAGAGGCGCGCAAGCUGAGGAAAAGCCUCUCAGCACAGGAGAUCGACACGAAUACGUGGAGAGAGCGGCUGAUGGACUUGGAGAACAACCUGCGUGAAACACUGGGCGAUCUGACCGGCAGUCGCUCUAGCCUCAUUUCCAACAUCAUGAAACUGCAGAAGGAACUCGAAUCGACUGCCCUGGAACUUGAGAGUACCCGCUCCAAGCUCGACGAGAAGGAGUCGUUGUUGCGAAACCGGGAUGCGCUACUGGAGAGCCAUGGUCUGGAGUCACGUAAAUUGGCCGAGCUUCUUGAUCGUGAACGCCAGGCUCGCCGCGCCGACAAGCAGUCAUUCGAUCAGGCCCUCAAAUCACAUCACCAGGCGUCUCGGACCAUCACGCAGAACAACUCGCGCAUUUCAGACCUUGAAAAUGCACGGAAUCAAGAUCGAAAGCGCUUCACGACUAUUGAACAACAGUUCAAGGACCAGCUAAGCGAGAGGAACGCUAUGCUCUUAGCGAUUUGGAAGCGUCUGUCCUCGAUGUGCGGGCCGGAUUGGGCCCACUCCAACAGCCUGAUCAAUGGCAAUCUGCCUAGCCAGGAAGUCAUCGGGAAUAUCCUAUUUUGGCCCGGCUUCAGCCGCAACCUUCUACUUGCUGUCAAAACCCUGGAGAACGUGGUUCUGGGGUUCAAGGCUCGUAUCAAGGGCGUUGAGCGCGAUUUAGCCAAACAGUAUCAGUCUUUAGAACACACUUUCAGCCUGCGAGUCAAGAAACUGGAUCGUCUGGAAGAAUCGAUGAUGAACAUGCGCGCGCAGCAACACAACCGCAGCCUGUCCGGAGUGUCUCCGGAGAUCGCUAAGCUCCGUGGAGAAAACCGGCUCCUGAAGGCCGAGCUUAAUCUGCUACAGUCUCAUUCGCGCAGUCGGGGAUCGACGUUGGCCGAGGCCACAGACGGUGCCCUCGUACACGGCUCGCGCCCCCAUCAGCUCGCGGCCGACCCCGCCAAUAGUGAGAGGUGGAUCCAGCGGCUGCGUGAACUGGAGAAGAGACUCAAAGCCGAACGGGAAGCUCGGAUCUUGGACCGCAGCGGGGCGCGGAAGCGUCUCGAGGAGCGGGACGCAGAGAACCAGCGACUGCGCGCUCAGCUGGAGAGACGGCGUCUACAUCACGACGUGUCGACUAGGACAUCGUCGCUCGAUGGCGAUGGCAGCACCCAUAUGCGCAUGCCAGCUCAACGGCGGCUCGAUAGUUCUGAUCCCGGCACGAGUGACGGGUACGAGCGCCAUCGCGACGACGAGCCGAGUUCGAGUGGGGAGGAGGGCAUCUACGUUGAUAUCGAGGUGUAG